ACACCGUGAUUGUUUUGGUAUUUUGCUGGUGUUGUGUUGUCAUCUGACAGAAGGGAAAGUAAACCUCAGGAGUUUAUGACACGGAGCUGAGGACUGUCGUCAGGAUAGUCUUCAACAUGCUGCCUUCAAGUCGAUGAAUCGAGCUGUGUUUCCGGGGAGAGACAGAUAUUCUGAUAUUUUAGUGAAUUACGGAAACGAGCGGUUAGCUAGCCUGUUAGCUGUCAGGUGAAGUUUAGAGUAUGGACUCCACGGCGCUGGAGAGGGACGCUGUAGUGUUCGCUAAAACAGCUGUAACAUACGACCAGAGUGCCAAAUACAACGAGGCUGUGUUUUAUUACAAGGAGGCAGCCCAGGCCCUCAUCUACGCUGGCAUGGCCGGGUCCAAGCUGGACGGGAUCCAGGACAAAGUGAACGAGUACUUGGAUCGGGUCCAGGCUCUCCACAAUGCUGUCCAGGCCCAGAAGAGUGACCCGCUGAAGUCCCGGCAGCAGGUGGACUUGGAGCGAGCCCACUUCCUGGUCACACAGGCCUUUGAGGAAGACGAGAAGGGAAACGACGAUGAAGCCGUUGAACUGUACACUCAGGCUGUGGAGCUGUGCAUCAAGACGUCUAACGACACAGCGGACCAGGCGCUGCAGACCAAACUGAAGCAGCUGGCUCGACAGGCUCUGGACAGGGCCGAGGGUCUCAAAGAGUCUCAGUCCAGAUCAGCUCCGGCUCAGACUCAGGACAGGACGGGGCCUCCAGGAACCAGGCCCAGCGGUGCUGCCAGUUCUGGAGGACCGGCCCGCCAGUUCUUCCCCCUCGGGCCAGACUUCAGCCUCCACGACCGACCGCAGCCCCAGCCAAUGAGAGCGGUCCAGUCCAGCGAGCCUCAGGGUCAGCGCUACACGUCUGAGGAGAUCGAGGUGCUCAGGAGUACUUCUACUAUCAACAACAUGGCCUACGUGCCCUUCAUGAGCGUGGACCUGAGGGAGCGCUUUGCCUUCCCCGUCCCGUUCUCGGACAAAACCGGGAAGCUGGCUCUGUCACCCAAACAGAAAGCCAUCUUCUCCCGCUGGGUCCGUCCAGACGAGAUCUGUAAUAACCCCACCAUGAUCAUGUCUGUGUCCAGCUUCAGCAUCAAGCAGACCGUGGUGUCUGACUGUUCCUUUGUGGCGUCACUCGCCAUCAGCGCGGCCUACGAGAGGCGCUACAACAAGAAACUCAUCACCAGCGUCAUCUAUCCUCAGAACAGACGAGGGGAACCAGAGUAUAACCCGUGUGGGAAGUACAUGGUCAAACUGCACAUCAACGGAGUCCCCAGGAAGGUGAUCAUAGAUGACUACCUGCCCGUGGAUCGUAACGGGGAGUUGCUGUGCUCCUACUCCAGCAACAGGAAUGAGCUCUGGGUGUCCCUGAUCGAGAAGGCCUACAUGAAGGUGAUGGGAGGAUACGACUUCCCCGGCUCCAACUCGAAUAUCGAUCUGCACGCGCUCACUGGCUGGAUCCCUGAACGCAUCGCCAUGCACUCAGACAAUCAGUCGUUCAGCAAAGACGACACGUUCAGGAUGCUGUUCCAGAGGUUUCACAGGGGCGACGUCCUCGUCACCACGGCAACAGGCAUGAUGUCAGAGGAGGAAGGGGAGAGAUGGGGUCUGGUGCCAACACACGCCUACGCUGUUCUCGACAUCCGGGAAUACAAGGGAAUGCGUUUCCUGCAGCUGAAGAAUCCGUGGAGUCACCUGCGCUGGAAGGGCCGUUACAGCGAGCGAGACGAGAAGAACUGGACACCCGACCUCCUCAAGUAUCUCAACUUUGAUCCAAAGACAGCCCAGAAGUUCGAUAACGGUGUGUUCUGGAUCGCAUGGGAGGACCUUUGUCAGUACUAUGAUGUCAUCUACCUGAGCUGGAACCCCGCCCUGUUCAAGGACUCCUCCUGCAUCCACAGUAGCUGGGAUGGGAAGCAGGGCCCGGUGAAGGACGUCUACAGUCUGGCCAACAACCCGCAGUACAAGCUGGAGGUCCAGUGUCCAGCAGGGGGCGCUGCUGUGUGGGUGCUGCUCACCAGACACAUCACAGACAAGGACGACUUUGCACAGAACAGGGAGUUUAUCACCCUCGUCGUUUACAAGACCGAUGGGAAGAAGGUGUACUACCCAGCGGACCCCCCUCCCUUCAUCGACGGCAUCCGGAUCAACAGCCCCCACUACCUGACCAAGAUGAAGCUGACCAGCGCAGGAACACACACCUUCACACUGGUGGUGUCCCAGUACGAGAAACAGAACACCAUCAACUACACUCUGAGGGUUUACUCUGGAAAUAAAUUCAACUUCUCCAAGAUCCCGAAUCCCUUCACACAGACCAAAAGGAUUAACGGCCAGUGGAAAGGCGCCUCUGCAGGAGGAUGUGGGAACUACAAGGACUCAUACAAGCACAACCCCAUCUACCAGAUCAACGUGGAGCGGACUGGACCGCUGCUCAUCGAGCUGCGAGGGUCCAGGCAGUACAGCGUUGGUUUCGAGAUGGUCACCGUGUCGCAGGUCGGCGAUCCCGGACCGGCCGCCUUCCAGAAGAAGAGCAGUGGAGAUUACAGGUGUGGAUUCUGCUACAUGGAGGCCGAACUCGUCCCAGCAGGAAUCUACAACGUCAUCCCCACCACCUUCCUGCCCAAACAGGAAGGACCCUUCUUCUUGGACUUUGGCAGCACCGCGUCCCUCAAGGUCUCCCAGCUUCAAUGAAGAAACCGCUGGAGAGAGAGAGAGAAGGGGGGAGGGGGGGGUCGGGUGCAGGAGAGAAAGAGAGAGAGUAACGAGGUGUGGGACUCAGCGAGACUCAAACAGAAUCUGGUUCUGGUUUUGGUUCUGGUUCUGGUUCUGGUUCUCUGGUUGUCUCUCUGAAACACGAGUAACAGAUGGACUGCGGACCAGAAGAGCCAAA